UGUUUAUUUGUUUUUUGUGUAUGUUGUUGGUGGCUUCUGGUUCUGUACUAUGAAUCUUGCAAGUGGAAUAAGGCAUCGGAAUUUCUGGUUUUUAGGAUUGCGAGCUGUUGUAGGAUUAGAUUUUUGUUUAUGUUUUUGAGAAGGGACGGGUUUCAGUUGAAUUUUAUUGUUGCAAUGUCAAUCCUUUCCAGGUUUGUUCUUUAGGAGACUACUGAGGAAUUAGCUCUCACAUUGUCAGACACAAUGGCAUCGAGAUUUUGGACUCAGGGUGAUAGUGAUUCUGAGGAGGAAGAGAGUGACUAUGACGAGCAAGAAGACAGUGUCCCGGUGGAGACAACCACGGCUACGGCUGCUAGCAGAUACUAUUCGGGCAAUGCUAGCGACAGUGAUGACUCUGAGGGGCAGAAGCGUGUUGUCCGUCGCGUCAAGGACAAGCGGUUUGAUGAGAUGUCUGCUACUGUUGACCAGAUGAAAAAUGCCAUGAAGAUCAAUGACUGGGUCAGUCUGCAGGAGAGCUUUGAGAAGAUUAACAAGCAAUUGGGGAAGGUCAUGAGGGUUACAGAGUCUGACAGGGCUCCAAACCUUUACAUUAAGGCUCUUGUAAUUUUGGAGGAUUUCUUGAAUCAGGCCUUGGCAAAUAAGGAGGCAAAAAAGAAAAUGAGUAGUAGUAAUGCCAAGGCAUUGAAUUCAAUGAAGCAGAAAUUGAAGAAGAACAAUAAACAAUAUGAGGAUUUGAUUGACCAAUACAGAGAGAAGCCUGAACUCUUUGAGGAAAAGGUUGAGGAUGAGCAAGAACCCGAGGACGAGGAUGAGGAUGAAGAUGGGGAUGAUUUUGAUGAGGACCCUGCGACUCUGGAAUCUGAGGAGAGUGAGGAUGACGAAGAAACAGGAAAGGAGGGUGCUGAGGGUGGCUCUGGAUGGGAGAAGAUGUUGAGCAAAAAAGAUAAGAUGAUAGAUAAGCAAUUCAAGGACCCUAGCCAAAUUACAUGGGACAUUGUAAAUAAGAAGUUUAAGGAGAUUGUUGCUGCUAGGGGUAGGAAGGGGACAGGCAGACUAGAGUUGGUUGAGCAGCUCACUUUCUUGACGAGGGUGGCCAAGACCCCUGCUCAGAAGCUUGAAAUUCUUUUCAGUGUUGUCUCAGCACAGUUUGAUGUUAAUCCUAGUCUGAGUGGUCACAUGCCCAUCAAUGUGUGGAAACAGUGUGUUCACAAUUUGCUUACCAUACUUGACGUAUUAACACAGUACUCAAAUAUUGUUGUUGAUGAUAUGGUGGAGCCUGAUGAGAAUGAGACCCAAAAAGGGGCUGAUUUCAAUGGUACAAUUAGGAUUUGGGGUAAUUUGGUAGCCUUUGUUGAAAGAGUAGAUGUGGAAUUUUUUAAGAGCCUUCAAGUUAUUGAUCCACAUACCCGUGAUUAUGUGGAGAGGCUUAGGGACGAGCCCAUGCUUUCAGUUCUUGCUCAGAAUGUCCAGGAAUAUUUGGAAAAGAUUGGGGAUUACAAGGGUGCUUCAAAGGUGGCUCUUAAACGUGUUGAACUCAUAUAUUAUAAGCCACAAGAGGUAUAUGAUGCUAUGAGGAAAUUAGCUGAGCAGGAGAAUGGAGGAAGAGAAGUAGAGUCUGGAGAAGAAACAAAAGCUGUGGAAGAGAGUAGGGCUCCACCAGCAUUUGUUGCAAUUCCCCAGCUGGUACCACGCAAACCUACAUUUCCAGAGAGUAGCAGGACGUUGAUAGACAUCCUUGUUUCACUCAUUUACAAGUCUGGUGAUGAACGGACAAAGGCUCGUGCAAUGCUUUGUGAUAUAUACCACCAUGCAAUCUUGGAUGAGUUUUCAACAUCCCGUGACUUAUUGCUUAUGAGCCAUCUUCAGGACAGUAUUCAGCAUAUGGAUAUUUCUACCCAAAUACUUUUCAACAGAUCUAUGGCACAGCUUGGUUUAUGUUCAUUCAGGGUGGGCCUUGUUGCUGAAGCCCAUAGUUGCUUGUCAGAACUAUAUUCUGCUGGCAGGGUGAAGGAAUUGCUGGCACAAGGUGUCUCCCAAAGCAGAUAUCAUGAGAAGACUCCGGAACAGGAACGGUUGGAGAGAAGGCGACAGAUGCCGUACCACAUGCAUAUAAAUCUUGAACUUCUUGAAGCUGUACAUUUGAUUUGUGCUAUGUUACUGGAGGUCCCUAACAUGGCAGCCAACGUACAUGAUGCAAAACGCAGGAUCAUAAGUAAAACUUUCCGAAGGUUGCUUGAAGUGAGUGACCGCCAAACAUUCACCGGGCCUCCUGAAAAUGUCAGGGACCAUGUAAUGGCUGCCACAAGGGCACUUAAGCAGGGAGAUUUUGAGAAGGCCUUCAAUGUUAUCAAAUCUCUUGAUGUCUGGAGGUUGCUUCGCAACAAAAAUAACGUUCUUGAGAUGCUGAAAGCUAAAAUCAAGGAAGAGGCUUUGAGGACCUACCUUUUUACAUAUUCCUCUUCAUAUGAAUCCCUAAGCCUUGAACACCUGGCCAAGAUGUUUGACCUCUCAGAUGGUCAGACUCAUAGCAUCUUGAGUAGGAUGAUGAUCAAUGAGGAGCUCCACGCAAGUUGGGACCAACCAACUCUCUGCAUCGUCUUCCAUGAUGUAAAGCACACUAGACUGCAAGCUCUGGCUUUCCAGCUGACGGAGAAAGUCACAAUCCUUGCAGAAACAAACGAGAGAGCAAUUGAGGCACGCAUUGGUGGCGGUGGGUUGGAGGGUCUGCCUCCUAGGCGCAAAGAAGGGCAAGACUAUGCCGCAGCAGCUGCUUCUGGUGGAGGUAACAGAUGGCAGGAGUUCUCAUUUUCACAAGGCCGGCAAGGCGGCGGUGGUGGUAGAACUGGAUAUAAUGCCGGUGGUGGCCGAGCAUCGAAGGACAGAACGGCUCGAUAUGGUGGUCACCAUGGCUCACGACAUCAAGAGGGGCAUGGGCGAACCUACCAGUCGGCUUCAGCUGAGGGGCAUGGGCGAACCUACCAGUCGGCUUCAGCUGGCAGGAGCGGUCAGGUGGAUGCUUCAACCCGAAUGGUUAACCUCAACAGGGGAGUUCGGGCUUAGUUGAGGAAAACGAAUUUAGCAUUUAGUUUCCUUAUUUAAAUUCGUUCUGUUCUAUGAAAUUCGUCUGCAGUACAGCAUAAAGGGAGUUGUACUGCUGAAAUUUUGACCGCGAGUAAUAAUUAUUGUUAUGUUUGCGCCACUAAAACUGUAUUUUUAGUGCUCUUGUUUUUUAGAUUUGAUAUAUAUCUUAUUUUAGAAAUAAACUUUUAGUAAUGGCAAUUUUGUAGUUCAAAGAAG